AUGCCUCCUCCAAUACCAUCGCCGGUGGACGUGGGCGACAGCCAAUUGGCCCCGAGAAAGGACGGUAGCACCAAGAAUCCCACCAACGGAUCAUCCGGGAACGCAGAGUCCCAGCCUCUGCCUAUCGCAAAGCGAUCCACGACUCUGCUGUCCCGGACUCCGACUCAGCAACUACAAAAUGGAAAGGAAAAGGAAGUCAAGGGUGUGUCGGUUAGAACCAUGUCUUCGACCCCGCCAGCCGCAACCGCCCUAGACCCGUUGAGCAAUCAAAUCUUUCUUAGGACGAAUAGCGGCACCCUCGAAACAUCCCUCGCGCAGCGUCUGCGUGGCUCUACCAAGCCCGAUAGCCCAACGACGGAAAGCUUCCCUAAGAAGAGCAUUAGUAUUGAGAAUACAGCCCGCUUGGCAAAUGGCCUCGCUGAUUUCCCCAGAGAGCGAAAGAAGGGAACAUCUUUCUUGAGCCGGCUUGCUAUGCGAAGCGCCUUCAAGAAGAACGACGACGAUGCGCCCGAUUCCGACUCCGAGCUGGGCGAGCUGCGCACCGAGGGGAGCAGCGCUCGCGCCCCAAUGUCCGUCAUGAGCGAUGGCGGUGGUUACAUCCCGCUUUACAAAGAACCUCCCCGCUAUAUCCGCGUGCGAUCGCACAACAGCAAGCGCCGAGACUUUAAUCGACUCUUUUUAGCCCAGGAACUGCUGGGGCCCAAGCCAGAGAAGGAUGACGAGCCGUCGCAAGGUCGUGUACCUGCCACUGCGGUGGGCACGCGGCUUCUGAAAGCUGGCGAUGCGAUAUGGGCUGCUGAGUUUAGCAUUGACGGUCGAUACCUUGCUGUGGCCGGCAAGGACCAGAUUGUUCGGGUCUUUGCCGUCCUGUCGACGGAAGAGGAGCGCAAGGCGCACGAGGAAGAAGAGGAGGCUGAAAGAGACGCCCAGGGAAAGAGUCGGGGAGAGCGUUUGAGCGCACCCGUAUUUCGAAAUAAGCCGGUCCGCGAAUUCGAGGCUCACACUGGAGAAGUGCUGGCCCUCUGUUGGAGCAAAAACAAUUUCCUCCUGUCGACCUCAAUGGACAAGACGGUGAGGCUCUGGCACGUUAGUAGACAAGAAUGCCUCGCCACGUUUACACACCACGAUCUGGUCACGUCGAUUGCGUUCCAUCCUACCGACGACCGAUUCUUUCUUGCCGGCUCCCUGGAUGCUCAGCUCCGGCUUUGGAAUAUACCAGACAAGUCGGUGGCCUUUUCGGCCUCGACAAAUGAAUUUAUUACGGCCGUGGCGUUUUCGCCCGACGGCAAAAUGGCUAUCUGCGGGGUACUGAAUGGCAUGUGCUCGUUCUUCGAGACGGAGGGGCUCAAGCAAAAGUUCCAGAUCCACGUACGCUCGUCACGAGGAAAAAACGCCAAAGGCAGCAAAAUUACGGGCAUCAAGACGGCUACGGUGGCUGGAACUGGCGAAGUAAAAGUGUUGAUCUCAUCCAACGACUCCCGCGUUCGAAUCUACAGCUUAAAGACUCGGAUGCUGGAUGUUAAGUUUAAAGGCCUCGAGAACCAGUCUAGCCAGAUUCACGCUCGUUUCAGCGACGAUGGAACCUAUGUCAUCUGUGGCAGUGAGGAUAGGAAGGCAUACAUCUGGAACACGAAUACGACGGAAGUCGAGAUGAAGGAUCGCCAGCCGUACGAGUGUUUUGAUGCUCAUCCAGAAGUCGUCACCACCGCUCUGUUGGCACCAACACGGACCAGGCAACUGUUGAGCGCGUCGGGGGACCCAAUCUUUGACCUGUGCAACCCGCCGCCUGUUUUGCUUCGAAGCCUGGACGAGGCUGCUCUAAGCCAAACCGAGGUGUCGGAAACGGGCACCGAGAUUCAUAAUCCCCCGCCGAGCGUCAGCAUCAAGAAGCCAGAAGAGAGCCCGGCCUAUCUGAACCGCUGUAAGCAUAUGGACGGCAACAUUAUCGUCACAACCGACAGGACCGGUACGAUUAAGGUGUUCCGACAAGAUUGCGCAUUUGCCAAGCGCCAGCAGAACAUGUGGGAGAUUGGCUCCAAAUUCUCCAGCAAGGUCGGCGGGUUGGGACGAAGCGGAAGCAUCAUCACCAGAACUAGCGGAAGUCUGUCUAGGCGAACCUCGCUCAAUCUGAGUGCUGGCCAGGCUCAGCACCCGUCUGACCGAAUUAUGAGCUGGCGUCAAGACGUCGAUGACCAAGGACGAGCAAGCCUCAACGUGGCGCCGAUUAGGACGGAGCGAUCUGCCUCGCCGAGGAAAACCCCCGUACCGCCGGCCAAUAUCUCGACAAUCAAUCCCUCAGCAGUAGCUAGGAAGCCUGUUGCCUCAGGAGGCUCACCUGUACGGGCCCCGAGGAAUGGCCUCGCAAGCCCCACGGGCAGCGUACGGAACAGGGCAUCGAUAGGAACAUUGGACGGGGGGUCGCAGCCGCCAACGCCUAGUUUCAAUUUCAUCAGCGUGGCAGAAAGCGACGAAAACGACACGAAUGGCAGCUUCUGGAACCUCGCCCGGUGGAGAGGAAGUCUUUCGGGGCUGAGAUAUUCUGUCAGCGCAAGCUCUCCCACCGAACCUACCCACGAUGCUGCUGCUGCUGCGACGGCGGCGGCGGAUGAUCGGAAAUCCGGUGACAUUUUGAAGCCACCAAAUAAGGCAGCCGCUCGGAGGAGCAUUGGAGUCACGGACCUCAACAGGCCCAAGAUUGUGGAAGACCAGACGAACCGCAGGAGAUCAAUGGGGCCUGCCAUUCGAUCAAGCAAGUCGCAAGAAUCGACGACUGUGGGAAUGGCCAUUAUUGAUGAACACAAGUCUGACCAGUCCUUGCCCAAGAAGCGGGCUGAUUCCGGAGUGGGGAGGAUGAGUGACGAUACAGCUGAAUGA